AUGGCCAAUCGUGCCUGCGCCUCCGCUCUCCUCACCCGGGCGACCGCGCCGUCGCCCCUCGCCCGUUCGCGGCGCGCGCAUCACCGACGCGUCGCACCGCUUCGAUCGAGGGGAAUCGUCGCGGUGUCCACGAGCACCAACGCCGACACCAACGCGGUGACCCGCACCGAGACGGCGGCGCGCGUCAUGAUAUCCGAGACCAAGUCCGGCAUCGUCCAGUACUCAUUCGGCGCGGUCCCGCAGUCGCGCUCGCGGGACCCGGCGCUGGCCGAGGAACGCGCCGCGCGCUCGGGCAUGGACAAGUACGACGACAAGGACGCUUCACAAACAAAGAAGGAGCUCGUCUUCGACGUCACCCUCGACGCCGAGGGUGGCGCCAACGCGACGGGACUCGUGUUCGAGAAGGGACCCGACGGCCUCCUCGUCGUCGCCAAGAUCCGACCCGGCGGCACCGCCGCGGGGGUGGUCAAGCCCGGGGACGUCCUCCUCGGAUGCUCGCUGCUCGUCAACGUGGAGGACGAGGACGGCGAGUUCACCGAGGAGCUCAGGUGGCACGACGCCACCGCGCACGGACCCGAGCACACCCUCACGAUGCUCCUCACGCACGGCGAGGAGAUGAACGUGAGAACCUGCCGCGGGUACGUGGUCAAGCGCGACAAGGCCAUCCGCAGCGCGUGGGCGCAGCUCGUGCCCACGUCCCCCGCCAAGGACAUCCGCUCGUGCUGGAACAGGCUGCUGUACCACGUGGAACAGGAGGAGAAGCCGAAGAAUGGCGCCAAGAAGAAGAAGGAGAUGGCCAAGGACAACACGCCGCGGGGCAUCUGGGGCGGCCUGGUCGGCAAGAAGGUCGUGCCGGUGGAGGACAGCGUCAGGGACGCGUGGGGCGCCAUCUACCCGGAUAUCAUCGUCCCCGCGGAGGAGUGGGUGGGCGAGGAUGCCGUCGAGCAGGAGCCCGCGGCUGAGGAGGAGCCCACCCUGGUCGCCGCCGCCGUCGAGGAGUCGACGGAGGCGAGGCCGGAGGUCGAGGAGGACGAGGAGGACGACGACGAUUACCGACUUCCCGAGGAGUCCAUCGACCUCGCCGCAGCCGCCGCCGCCGCCGUCGAGGAGGUCGCCGUCGAAGAGGCCGUCGAGGAGGAACCCCCCGCCGUCGUCGACGAGGAAGCCGUCGAGGAGGCUGACGAGGACGAGGGAUUCUUCGGCAAGUUCAAGGGCGUCGAAGGCCAGUUCGACGUCCUCGAGGUCUCCGUCGACUGCUCCCGCGGCGUGAACAUGACCGGCCUCAUGCUCGGCCAGGACAGAUCCGACGGCCUCCUCCACGUCCGCGUGUGCAAACCCGGGGGCACCGCGCACAAGAAGAUCAAGAUCGGCGACGUCAUCCUCGCCACCACCUACGUCGUCCUCACCCCGGACCCCAGCACCGGAAAGCCCGUCGCCACCCUCGAGUGGCUCGACGCCACGGACGGCGCGUCCAACGAGGACAUCCAGGGCGCCAUGAUGACCCACUCCCAGGAGAUGAAGCUGGUCCUGGCCCGCGGCGACGUCCCGAGUGGGCACUUCGACCAGCCCUCUCCCGCAGCGCGGGAGCGAUGCUCCGACGCCGCCAUCGGCGGCGGCGUCGCGCAGCCGGAGGAGUGCGUUCCCGAGGACGUCAAGGCGUGGGCGGCGCGGGUCGCCGCGGAGGCCAAGGCUGCGCAGGCGGAGGCGGAGAGGGAGAGGGAGGCUGCCGCGGUCAAGGCGGCUGCCGGGGGCAACCGGGAGGAGAAGCUGGGAGCCAUGUCGCCCGAGGAGAUCAAGGCUUGGGCCGCGCGCGUCGCGGCGGAGGCGCGCGGCGAGAAGUGA